AUGCCGCAGGGCCCAGAGACCCCGGUGCAAGUGUGGGUGGGCAGCCAACUCUUCCAGGCAGACCGGGCCCUGCUAGUGGAGCACUGCGGCUUCUUCAGCGGCCUCUUCCGCUCGGGCAUGAGGGAGGCGCGCGCCGCCGAGGUGCACCUGGGCGCACUGAGCCCGGACGGCUUCCGCACCACGCUGCGGGUGCUGCGCGGUGAGCGUCCAGCGCUGGCGGCUGCCGACGAGCUGCUGCAGGCCGUGGAGUGCGCCGCCUUCCUGCAGGCGCCGGCGCUGGCGCGCUUCCUAGAGCACAGCCUCACGUCGGAGAACUGCGCGCUGCUGUGCGACGCGGCCGCAGCCUUCGGCCUGCACGACGUCUUCCACAGCGCCGCGCUCUUCAUCCGCGACGGCGCCCACGAGCUGGCGGCCGAGCUGGCGCUGCCCGAGGCCCGCACCUACGUGGCGGCGCUGCGGCCCAGCAGCUACGUGGCCGUGAGCACACAUGCGCCGGCGCCCGGCUUCCUGGAGGACCCUUCGCGCACCAUGUGCUACCUGGAUGAGGAGGAGGACACCUGGCGCACGCUGGCCGCGCUGCCCCUGGAGGCCAGCACGCUCCUGGCUGGCGUGGCCACGCUGGGCAACAAGCUGUACAUUGUGGGGGGUGUGCGGGGCCCCAACAAGGAGGUGGUGGACCUGGGCUUCUGCUACGACCCCGACGGCGGAACGUGGCGCGAGUUCCCCAGCCCCCACCAGCCGCGCUACGACACGGCACUGGCCGGCUUCGAGGGCCACCUCUAUGCCAUCGGGGGUGAGUUCCAGAGGACAGCCAUGAGCUCGGUGGAGCGCUACGACCCGGCCUCGGGCUGCUGGAGCUUCAUGGCCGACUUGCCGCAGCCAGCUGCCGGGGUACCCUGCGCACACGCCCGCGGCCGCCUCUUCGUGUGUCUGUGGCAGCCGGCAGACACGACGGCCGUAGUGGAGUACACUGUGCGGGCUGAUGAGUGGCUGCCCGUGGCCGAGCUGCGGCGCCCGCAGAGCUAUGGCCACUGCAUGGUGGCCCACCGCGACAGCCUCUACGUGGUGCGUAACGGACCUAAGGAUGACUUCCUGCACUGCGCCAUCGACUGCCUCAACCUAGCCACGGGCCAGUGGACAGCGCUGCCUGGUCAGUUCGUGAACAGCAAAGGCGCGCUCUUCACUGCCGUGGUGCGCGGCGACACCGUCUAUACGGUCAACCGCGUGUUCACCCUGCUCUAUGCCAUCGAGGGCGGCUCCUGGCGGCUGCUUAGGGAGAAGGCCGGCUUCCCACGGCCCGGUUCCUUGCAGACCUUUCUCCUGAGGCUGCCUCCGGGUGCCCGGGGCCCUGUGGCCUCGACAACCCCAGAACUGUGA